GAAGACAUGUAUGUAUAUGAUACCAUGGAUCCACAACAGAAGUCAACUAUCCUUUUCAACGCAGAAGUAGGAGUAGUUGUUCAAAAUGAUUAUUAUUAUAUCCUCUGCUUUUUGCUCUCACAUAACUUGAACCGUCUGGAAGCAGAGAUUUUGGCAUCACAGCAUAUAAGGUAAGAGGAAGAAGACAUGAGCGAAGCUCCACAGUUACGCAGAACAUGCGACUAUUGUGGGGACUUGGCGGCUCUCUUAUAUUGCAGAGCCGAUUCUGCCAGACUCUGUUUCUUCUGCGACCGCAAAGUUCACUUCCCCAACCAGCUUUUCUCCAAGCACGCGCGCGCUCUGUUAUGUGACGCGUGUGGCGAUUCCCCUGCCUCCGUCCUCUGUUUUUCUGAGGACUCUGUUCUGUGCCAUAAUUGUGACUGCCAAAGCCACAACCUUUCGCUGUCUCCUGUGCACCAACGAAGGACCCUCCAAGGCUUCUCGGGGUGCCCUUCUGGGACUCAGUUGUUGGGAAUUCUGGGUCUCACUGAAAAAUCUCUGCUUUCAGCAGAGGGAAGUUCCCAGAUUGAAGGCCUUUCGGAUUUCCACGUCUGGACUGAUCCUUCUGCUGUUGGCCUUGAAGAUUUGAUAACAGACACUGCUUCGUCUCACAAGAAUCGCAAGGGUGCGUGCGGGAGACAGAAAGAAGAAAUUGUUAGCCAGCUCCGUGAACUGAUAAAGGUUGAGGCCGACUUGGUUCAUGAAGAAGUAGAUGCCGAACAACAACUACAACUUGGAAAUUUGUCCACUGGUUUUGAACGUGACAUAGAUGCUAAUGUGUUUCCUUCAUACGAGGCAGGUGUGUUCUGUUGGCAUGGAGAGAGUAGUGAUCCUACGAAUCAAAUUGUUCCAUCUGAUACGCCACUGCGAGAUUUUGGCGAGGUAGUUCCAGAUAAACAUACAAGUUUCACCAUCCCUGGGACUCACGCCAAUUUUAACGACCAAGGGAAACCAUCAAAUUCGUUUAGCGCUGAAAACAUGUCUCCUGCUCCUCCUAAAGCUACCCCAUAUGAGUUAACAAGUCAUGAAAGAGAUUCAGCAUUAUUGCGAUACCGAGAGAAGAAGAAAACCAGAAGAUAUGACAAGCACAUCAGAUACGAAUCACGAAAAGUUCGGGCAGAAAGCAGGAUGAGAAUUAAGGGUCGGUUUGUGAAAGAUGAAACACAAAAAUAACACCUGCAUGGCUGCAUUCAUGUAAUUCUCAGCUUUGUCAUCAGCCAGUGGGGUUAGGCGUUUCACAACUUAGAUUCAAAUCUUUUACCAUUUCUUGUCUCAAACUGAGCUUUCUUGCUUUCACCCUUCUUUAAAAUUACCUCAAUACCCAAGGGGUCAAGAGCGUUAAUCAAAGGAACAAGAGCCACUAUAAUUUUUCCAGCUAA